ACAAAAAAACAAAAAAAAACACAGAGAACAUUGAGAGAGUUUUGGUAAAUUCGAAGAACCACCAGAGAGUUAACAAAGACUCGUUGUCGUUCUUCUUCUUCUUUGUUUCGUACAUUCGAACAGAUUUAAAAAAAAACUCGUUGUCGUUCUUCUCCUAGGAGCGAAUAAGAAGAAGAAGAAGAAGAAGCUGCACUUACUACUUUACUAGACGGUUAUUUGUCAAUUGGUGGUGAAGAAGCUUGGUGUUAGGGUUUUUGUUUGUCUCUUUUGGUUGCUGAUGAAUAGCCCUUUUCGAAUUCAAAUUUUGUUUGGUGCUUACACUGGUUUGUGAGCCUUUAGGGGUUGGAGAAGAUGAGUGGUUUGGAAAGAACACGUGUUUCAAAGCGAGGCUCUAAGGAAGAGACGCACCAUGAUCAUUCUAGCCUAAAUGCAAACUCUGCUUCUUAUUACCGCGACAAAGAGUCCGAGCCUGUCCGGUUCAAUGCAGAGAGUAAUGGUUGUAGGAGGUCUGCUGCUGUGAACAACCAGCAUCCCGGCCAAGCUAGGACUAGAAGCAUAGUUUCACAGAAUAACGAUAACAGCUAUUAUUCUGAACAAGAUGACACUAGGCAACAAUUUUUCCCUAGGAGUGGAAGUAGAAGUAAUAGCAGGAGUAGAAGCCGUAGCAGAAGCCCAAUCUAUAGAGCUAGACGAGAUGCAGGAUCUUAUGACAGACAACACAAGACCAGAACUCUAGCUUCUCCUACGCCAAUAAGGGAAUUCAAUAAGAGAGGCAGUGGUCAUCAGUUUGAUAAAAGCAACGGUUAUGGUUGGGAGGAUAAUACUAGAAAGCCUAGGGAGUCUAAAUAUCACACCGAUGAUUUCAGAGGAGAGGCGAUGAUGAAAGGCUCGAGGUCUUCUGACUAUUAUACUGAGUUUCACGAGGAUUAUUCGAGAAAUGGCUUCUCCGACCAAAGAUUGAAAAGGCACAGAAGCGGAUAUACAGGAGAGAAAGAAACUCAAAGAAGGGAUGGUGAUAGCGGAAGAGAAUUCCACAGGAGUUACAAUAUCCCUUGCAAGUUUUUGGCUGCAGGGUUCUGUCGUAAUGGAAGGUAUUGCAGGUUUUCUCAUGAUGGUGCUGAUAGAAAGCAGCUUCAAGACAGCAACUUUUAUAGACAGGACCGUAACAAUCAUAGUGGUGGUCAUAAUAAAUGGAAUGAUGUUGAAAGAUUGGAUAAUAAAAGAUUAGGUGGGACAGAAGUAUCUCGUGCAAGUAAGGGAGUUUCUGAAUCUAAAGGGAACGGUAGUAGCUGGAUUGAUGACAUGGAGAUGUCUCCUGAUUGGAAUUAUGGAGUUAAACCUUUAAAGAACCCUGUGAAGGAAGAGGUUGGUGUUGGUAUUAUUGGUCAGAGUUCUCAAUCUAGAGUUCAGAGUAAUGGUAUGUUUCCACAUGGUGACAAAACUGUGGUUGAGAAACCUAUAGCUGCUUCACAUCAGAGUCAUAGUCACCCAGUGAACGUCACUCCAGUUCAAGGUUUUAGUCAGAAUCAUAAUGUAUUGCCGUACCUAAGCUCACCAACUCCUGGAGAAAAUCAACAAGUGCUAGCUACUGCUGCUGCAGAUCUCUCAGUAGGCUCGAACUUGAGCAAUCUUGAGAGUGGAAAAGUUUAUCAAAAUAAUCAUCAAUCAACUGUAGAGAAACCUGUUUUGGUCCAAAAUACCGUGAGUAAGGAACAACUCGAUAAGAUCACCAACAUCUCAGCAAGUAUUGCGCAGUUUCUUGCAAAUAGGCAGCCCAUUCCACAGCUUAAUCAGGCAUUACAGAUGCCUCCGCGUUCAGAAUCUUCCAUGGCUGUUCAACCAAACCAGGCUACUACCACCGCUGUGCAUACUCAAAGUAAUGUAAUGAAUAGUAAUCCAAAUCAGCUAAUGAGCAUUGGCGCCGAAGGAGUCACAGCGGCAACUGCAUUGCAGGUCAAUGGGAUACAGGAUCUUACUCUAAAUCCGAAGGGUUAUGAGGAAAAAGAGAACAAAAAGACUGAUGAAGCUAGCAAAGAAGAAGAGGGUAAGAAAACUGGAGAAGACACCAAUGAUGCUGAGAAUAUUGUAGAUGAAGAUGUUGAUGGUGAAGGAAGUGAUGAAGAAAACAAUAAAGGGAAAGACCCAAAAGAAAUGCGGGCGUUUAAGUUUGCGCUUGUUGAGGUUGUAAAGGAGCUUCUAAAACCAGCUUGGAAAGAAGGUAAGAUGAAUAAAGAUGUUUACAAAAACAUAGUGAAGAAGGUAGUUGAGAAAGUUACUGUUACAAUGCAAAAUGGAAACGUUCCUCAAACACAGGAGAAGAUUGACCAAUAUCUAUCUGCUUCAAAACCAAAACUUACCAAGCUCGUGCAGGCAUAUAUCAGCAAAAUCAAGAAGACCUAAAUUGAUUAGGACUCAUAUGUUGUCUUAAUACCAUUCUUUUCAUCAUCAUACAGUUUGAGAGCUGCAUUGGAAAAUGUUGUUAACUUUAUUCUUACCGGCUUAAUCUUUAGAGGAAGAUGAGAAGAUCAGGUGAGGCUUUGUUGUCCCCAUUAAUUUCACUUCUGUAGAUAUUACCUAGAGAUUUUGUCCCAAAUUUAUCCUUUUUUUUUUCUUCUUUUUGACAUAAUGAUAUUGUCCAAACUGAUAGACCAAGUUGCGUUUGUCUUUUUUUACCAUAUAGAAACUUAGAACCAAUUUCAAUGAUCCUUCAUC